CUUCUUAUCCCUCUCUCUGUUAAAAAAAAUAAUCUUCUAUUUUCUUCACUAUCUUUGUAAACGCUCUUCUUCUAUCCUUUCUCUAUCUUUAACUUCUCUUCUUUCUCUUUCUCUACUCGCAUCUUCUGCUACACUUUCUCUCUUCGUAACCUCUCCUCCUCCUCUUUUCCUCCACCCUCUUUACAGCAUCCAGUCCUCUCCACCUCCUCCCCUUACAAUCUCGCAUCUUCCUCCUCCCUCCCUACCAGUAACCUCAUCUUUUCUCCUCCCUCAAUACCCUCCAGGCUCUCCUCCACCACUAUCCAGCGCCUCCCUGUGCCUCCAAGCCCCUCCCAUCCGCCCCGGUCCCUCCCAGUCUCUCCCAGUACCUCCCAGUGGUCAUCUAACUGGUACACACUACACGGGUUAGGUUAGAAGCUUCAGUGUGUCACAACCCAGCCUCUGAUAGGGGUAUACUCUCUCACACACACGUACUUUGAAUCUCUCUCUCUCUCUUUCCUUCUCUGUCUCAGCUCACCUGGCUCUGACGCUGACUUCGGUUUACUUGUUCAACUCCAGUGCCCUAAGUCCUCGCAGCCCCCACGCCUUAGGGGAGGAGGCGUGGCCGCGACAUGAUGGCGGGCGCGUGGGUGCUGUUUUUCCUGGCAAGCGUGGCGGUAACUCUAGCAGGAGGAGCAAUAGAAGGAGUGUGGGGACGUUUUCUUGAGGAUGACAACGCCUUAGCUAAUUACGGGAAUUCAGUGCUCUUGGGUCCUAUUCCUUCACGCCCUGAGCUGUCUACGAGGAUCAAUGAUAAGGCCUUGCCAGAUCCUACGUCCCUGCCCCCUAAUCCUCCUCCCAAGUACUCCUUCCAAUCCUCAGUGUCUAAUAUUCCGUCACCCCCAUAAGGAUCUAGCAGACAUCCUAACUAAUCUGCAGAUCCUUAACAUCCUCACCACCCAGGAUGCUCAGGUCCUCGCCGCCCACGCGCAGGAUACGGUGUUCGAGACGCCCUUCCUUGGUGCUGACAGCUCGAGGCACCAGUCAGCUGUGUACGAUAUGGCAGUGUCAUCCUCAAGGGACACCGCUGACGGAGUUCUACCAGUACUUCGACCCGGACCAAGCCCCAAAGCCCGCCGGUCACCCCCCAGUCUCGCCCCUCGCCCUGCCACCCCUCCACACCCCGCCCGCCACGCACCACGAGUCCAAAGUGCGUCCUCCGAGCAACACUACCCCGCCAGCAGCAGUGGGUUUGAUCCCUCUUUCCCCCAGUCCUGCUCCUUCUGAUUUUCAACCUGCCCAUUCUGACUCUUAAUCCGCCCCACUCUGGCUCCAGCUCCACCCACUCAUCCUCCAGUCCCGCCCAGCAUGCUAGCCCACCCCUCUCCUCUUCUAGCCCUGCCCACCCCUCUCCCAGCCCCUCCCAUUCUCCCUCUACUCCAACCCAGCUUCCUACCCCGCCCCACCCACGCUACCUUUCCCCCCUUUCAGCCCAUGACUGGACCGGCGCCCCCUGCAGACACCAGCGUGGAGGUGGAGGGGUCCUCUGCCCCCCCUCGCCAUGCCAGCAGAAGUAGACCUGAGCCACAUAAUGAAGCCAACUGAUUCAGGAUGAGCCGCCCAGCGCCGCCACGCCCUCCCCUCGCCCAGCUGGCGGCGCUCAGUCAGUACCUGCAGUGGCUCAAGCAGCAACAGCAACAACAACAACAACAACAACAACAACAACAACAACAGGAGGAGGAGGAGCAGACAGCGCCCACCGAGGAGAUGAUCCUGGCCAGCAUCCUGCACCACUACAACCAGCAGCAGCAGCAGACGGAUCCCACCCCCACCGAGAUCCCCUACGUCCCGCCCCUGCACGGCCCUUUUCAUGACGUUGCACCCCCUGCUCCCCCAAUCCCUGCAGGCCAACCUCCCUCCCCGCCCCAGUCCACCGCGGACGUCUCCUUGCUGCCCCAGGCUGACGCCGGUUCCUCGUCUUCUGGGGGCGGCCUGAGUGCCUGCGUGGAGGGCGGCGGGCUGUGCCCUGCUGCUGUCAGGCCUGCUGGCGCUGGGCUUCACCACGGCCUUCAUCACGCCCGGUGGUUCUGCCUGCCUUCGGGCAUGCUGGGUCGCCGCCGCCGCGCCGCGCCAGGCGAAGGCAGCCCAGUGUUGGACUUCCUGAGGCACCACCGCGCCGAGAUGCUGGCGGCGGGCGUCGCGCGGGUGGAGGCGGAGCUGCACAGGCCCCUGGACCCCGCCCUGCUGCAGACCCUGGAGGAAGGCAACCCGCGGCCACCUCCUGCCCCUUCUGCGGCAGACCCUCCGCAGACCUGCGCCGCACUCUUUACGCUUGAUCAGGCAAAUAUGUGACGCCGCGGCCCAGCCAGUGACGCCGCCCUCCCAGGCCAGGGUCAUCACGGCCCAGCAGUGCCUCCUGCUAGCAGCCGCGCACCACCUCUGACCACAAGCCAGCCCGCCAUGCCCACGCCACCCUGCCGCCCUGCCCGAGAAGCCGCCACCACGCACAUGAGGUUACUGACACACAAGUCACGAUGCUAUGUACACUGUUUAUCUGGUGUUCUUGGAACCAUACAUGAGCUGCGGCGAGAAAUGACAAGUAACGAAACAAUUAGCAUGAAAGAAAGAUAAAAAAUGUUGUAACCUUAAAAUGUAUGAUCUUUGGCGUCUGUCGGGCCUCGUUCUGGACGGGCCUGGCCCCGACGUUCCUGAAAGUAAAGCCUGCCUAGUCGUCCAUCUGCUUUCCCGCCUCAGUCUGCCUCGCAGGGCCCUCAGGCGGGGGGCUGACGGAUUAGUCCUGUCCGGGACUGGCGGCGGUCUGGUCCUCUGAUCUGAACUGGAAUAAGAACUCUGAGGUCUUCUCGUACACGACGAAGGUGAUGGCUGUGGCGGGCACUACACGCAUCAGGUUGGGCGACAGUCCCCUAUAGAACCCGACGAUGUGGUUCAGUCUGUAAAAGAGACGAGGAGUGCCUGUGAGAGUCUGUAGCAAGACGCGAGACUGAGAUGGAGUAAAGAGAACGAAGAGGAGGAUAAGGCAAGAAAAGUAAAGCAUAUGCUGGAAGAAAAGUACAAAAGCGCAGGAAGACGUGAAGAGAAUGAAGAAAAGGAUGUUGGAUGGCAAGUGAAGAGAAUAAAAAAAGUACGGGAAAAGAAAAAAGAAAAA